AUGGGCAUUGCAAUAAAAAUUGUAAAUUCCAUCCGUGCACGUAGCUUGCAACGGCGGCUCUUUAAGUUGCAGUUGGAAGAUAGGGAAUCAGCUGAACACACUGAUUUAGUUCUUCACACGGACGUCGGGUGGUUGAGUUGCGGAAAAUUCCUAGAAAGGUUUCAAGGAUUAUUGCCCAAAAUAACAGCUUUUCUAGACAAAAGAGGUAAUGACACUCAGAUGUUGAAAAACGAAAAAUGGCUGAUUGAUUUGGCAUUUUUGACUGACAUCACAAUGCACUUAAACACCAUUAACUUGGAGCUUCACGGUAAAGGAAAAACUAUUAUUGAGAUGAUUAGCGCAGUAAACGCAUUCAAAACUAAAUUGCAACUUAUCAUAGAUCAACUGAAAAGAAAGGAUCUGAAACAUUUUCCGUCUUUGAAAGCAAGGAUUCCUCAGUUGAAUUAUGAUACGUAUGAGGCUGAAUUAUCAAAUAUUUUGCGCGGAAAGCUAAUAUCUAUAUAUGCUACGGUACACCCUACCUAG